UCUCUAUUAUCUCUCUCUUGUUGGUGUUUACUGCUGGUGAAAGUGAUGGCACUGAUAUUCCACUUUAGCCAGGGGAACCAUAAACACAAAACAAGCAGGUCCUCCUCACCCCUAUCGCUCUGGGCCAACCAGGCAAACGCAAAGCCUCCUUCCCAUAACAAGAGUCGGGUGAGAGGAUCAUUGCUGCCUUGGACACGUCUCGGACCAACGCGUGACAUUUCGCAGUCAAAGGGAGCCCUAAUAUUUUUCAUUACACUAUCAUCUUCAUACGCUUGAAAAUGGUUCAGGGUGUUUCAGAAAUUGCUGCAAUGUGUGUGGGCCUGAUUGGGCUGAUCGGGGCGGCGGCGACUACAGGAAUGCCCAUGUGGAAGGUGACUGCUUUCAUUGGAGAGAACAUCAUCGUGAUGGAAACCCGCUGGGAGGGCUUGUGGAUGAACUGUUACAGACAGGCCAACAUAAGGAUGCAGUGUAAGGUGUACGACUCCCUGCUGUUCCUGCCCCCGGACUUACAGGCAGCCAGGGGUCUCAUGUGCUGUUCCCUGGCCUUGUCUGGACUGGGGCUGCUUGUUGCUCUGGCAGGAAUGAGAUGUAUUUCCUGUUUUCAGGGUAAUGACUGGGCUAAGACCAUAUUCCUGUUUAUCGCAGGUGGUAUGCAGUUGAUGGCUUGUGUCUGUGUUUUUAUCCCUGUGUCGUGGACAGGCCAUACCAUCAUCAGGGAUUUUUACAAUCCUUUGCUAAUUGACGCCCAGAGGAGGGAGCUAGGGGAGGCUCUCUACAUCGGAUGGGUGACUGGUGCUUUCCUUUUUGCCUCAGCCAUGUUGUUUCUCUGUCGCCACAUGCCCUCAGAGAAAGGCUCAUAUGAUGUGUAUCACCCAGCACCCAGCAAACCAACUCUCAUGAGGUAUCACCCCAUCUCAAAUGUCUCCAGCCUCCGAUCUACUGCAUACCGGCCUCAUCUGCCAUACAACGGCUUUGUUGGAGAACAAUUUACAAUGCCACUGCAAAACCUCCCUCAAGUCAUGACAAACGGAACAUCAAUCAACCCUCCUGUUGUCUUUAACCCCGGUCUGCCUGAAAAUGCAUCAUUGUUAUAUCAAGGUAGCGUGGUUCCACUUUCCUCCCUGCAGAGUUCCAGCCAUGUUGGAAGCCAGUAUACUCCAGGAAACUCCUUAUACAUAAGCCAAAACACAACUCCGUAUUCACUUAAUCCUGCAUCCUCCUACCAGUCCAGUUUUCACCCGGUUCCACACACGCCUGUUUUCAUUGGAUACACAGGAUCACGAGUUCAGCCAGACUCUCACAGUCGAAGCAGGGCUGGUGUGUACAUAUAAAGAAAAACCCAAGUGGGUUUUUGCAGCUGCCGAAGCUUUACUGAUUAAAAACAUCAUAAGAAAGAUAAAGAAUAACAUGUUUUCUCAAGUUAUAUUCGGAUAAUCCUUUAACCAGGACUAAAAAUGUUAGAACUUUUUUAUAUGUAAAUACAGCUUUUGUAAUAUCUUUCAUAUUAACUCAGGUUGAAUAUCACUGCUGUUGUUGUUUUUUUUAAUUAAAGGGGUCAUUAUACAGUUUUCCAGUUGCCUUGAUGUGGGCUUACUUUACUAAUUAAGAGAGAUCUAAAACACAAAUACUUUAUUUAGAACAUCAUAGCAUUAUGUUUUCUUUGUAAUCAUCUGUUCAUUAUUUUUUACAUUUUGUUGUGGCUAUUUUUGUUGCCGUCUCUAUGUCUUUUCUUUGCAUGCACUAAAGAAGGAGCCAUGUACUGCUAAAGUAUGCAAUCAAAUACAAAAAUACUUCUGUGCAUCUGUGUUUGUUCGUAUAAGAAACUAUUCUGAAAAGUUGAGCGAUAAGUAGUAUGCAGUUUCAGCUUGUUGAAAGGAACUCUUUCAUGAUGUCUGUGAUGGAUGUGCUUACCUGUAUGUCUGUGGUGAUGAUAGGCUAUCUGAGUUGCUGCUUAGGAAUAUAAAAGUAAAGUAAGUUGCCUUGAAUGAAAUAAAAGGUUUAAUAGAAAAUCUUGAAAUGACUUCUAAAGAGCAUGUGGUAGUGGUGAAAGUUUUGCCUUCUGAUUGGGAUCACCUGGAUGGACCUUGAUAGUGACAUCCUAUAUGGAACUGGGUUUCAUGUGAAGUGAUUUCUGCUAAAAAGAAAACACAACAACAACAACAACAACAACCUUGCUUUAAACAUGUUGGCCUGGCCCAGUCUUUGUGUCAUUUUUUCACCACUAGGUGAUGCCAAAGGACACGAUGAGUGUCUUUAAGCGUGGACUGACACUGCAAUCUUUCCUUCUCAGACUGCAGGUGGCAGAAGAAUAACUCUCUCAAUCACUCACUUCAUCUCAAUCCGAAACCAAAUUAGAUUAUGAAACAAACUGAAAACAUGAAAAUCUGGUUUAAGUACAAGCUAUUAUAAGCAUGGUGUUGUUAAUGCAUUUGAUCCCGUUCUGAAGUUUUUUAUUUGGACAGUCACCACAAUGUAACCUGUAGAA